AUGGGGAGAGACAGAGCCCAUGAAGUUAGAAAGCCCGGCUGCGCUUGUGGUGGGGGUGGAAGGGUGGGAAAAGGACGAGACUCCUCUGGGAGAAGCCGGACCAGAGCCUGCGGAUCGCCGGGCGGCCGGCGGGGGCGGCGCGGAGCUGGAGGAAGGGGCGGCGCGGGGCGAGGCGGGGCGGCGCGGCGGCGCGUAGCGGUUACUCAGGGCGGGCAGUUCAAACUGAAGGAGGGAAUCUCGGCGGCCCCACGCGAACGUGGCGUGGGGGUUGCCAUAGCCGGGCAUCCCUGGGGGCGAGGCGGCGGCUCCUGCCUGACGCACCCAGCGGCGGCUGCCUGUCUCCCCUCCCGCCUGGCCCCGCGGCCCGGUCGGUGCGGGCGCGCCUCGGUCUCCAAGUGGGCGGGAAGAGGGGCCCCGAAGCCGGCCUCUUGCCCGCUCGCUCCGCUCCUGGUGACGCCCACCCGCCCUCGGCCUCUCGGUGGCGUUCUGGGCCCUGAGCCGUGGCGGCGGAACCGAGGCGACCCCGGGCCGCCGCCAGCCUGGCCUUGGGAAGGUCGGGGAGGGACGAGCGGGGCCAAAGGACGCCCUGGCGAGACCGUUAACCACCCACCCGCCGAUAGCACCUUGGGGAAGUCAAUGACAGCGCUGCGGCUUACACUGCAUUUUCAAAAACCCGAUUUCGGGAAGAUUCCUCAGCAGAGUGAAAGAUUUUCUUGUUUGGAAGCCCUCAUAACGACAUCUAAGAGCUCAAGAUUUACUGAUGAAACAGAGCUUUUGAAGAUGUCAGAGAGACAUUUAGGUCAGACUUGCCCUGGAGCAGAAAACGAGGUGGACUCUCCUGUCAAUUUCACGUAUUCCAGCUUCAGAGACUACUGUUCUACAUCUUCAUUUCAAGACAGUGGCUACAAUGAGUUGUUACAGCCUUGCAACGAUGAGAAUACAGGUAAAGAAUUAUUUGGAAAGAAAGGAAAAGGCCCACCAUUAAUCCAUGAACAUCCUGAAACUUCAGAUCUGGGCUUGACUCAUCCUUUAGAAUCUCCAACUCAAAAAAAGAGAGGUGUCUUUUCUAGGAAGGAAAAGGAGAAAAGCCCCGAACUUUGUGAAACUCCUAAACUCAGUGGGAAAAAAUUUUUGCAGCGCAGAAGGUUGGACACAUCUUUCUCUCUUCUAACAGGGGACUUUGAAUCACAAAAUAGUUCUCUAGAAAGUAGUAUGAACCAAGUCCUCAACUUAGAAAAAAAUAUUCCAAGCCAUGUUUCAGGUCUUCCACGGCAAAACAGUUUUAGUCCUUUAGUUACUAGUACUUUGAAGACAGAAGAAGCAACCUCUAGCAGUCAAAAAUUGAGACUUAAUUUUUCUCAACAGAAGACUUCCACGGUUGAUGAUUCCAAAGAUGACUAUAGCCUGUUUGAAGUUGAAUGUCUAUCUCCGAUUCAGGGCAAUAGUUUUAGAGACUCUAUCACAUAUGACCUUAGUGAUAGCAGUCUGUUUGUUAAUGAUGAGAAUACAUAUCCCAAACCUCUGGGCUCCUCUGUUAGUGGAACAACUUGUGGGACAGAUGGGGACAUACGUGUGACUCCAAUAAGUAAUCUUGUAGCAAACAUUAAAUUUAAUGCAAGUCAAAGGCUCUCCCCUUCAACUAAAGUGAGGGGCAAUAUUUCAACACCUGAAGACAGUGGUUUUAACUCACUUUGCUUGGAAAAAUCAGAAGAUUCCCUCUCUGACCAGGAGGGUUCUUUUCAAGAACUUCAGAAACAUAAGGGAACUGUCAGAGUGGGGAGCACCAUAAAAAAGUCAAGGCAUCUUAGAAGGCUGAGAAGAUUGUCCACCCUGGAGGAGCAUGGCUCACAAUCUGAGACAGAAGGGGAAAAGCAGACUGACCACUCUGACUCUAAAACAACACCAGCAGCUGCCUCAGACUCCUCAGAGAGUCAGCUGAGCAGUGACACUAAGAUGUUAAGCUUUAAGAAUUUAUCAAAGACCCCAGCCUUGCAGUUAGUGCACGAGCUCUUCAUGAGAAACAAAAGAAAAAGAUUCCAGCAGAAUGGUGCACAUGAAUUCUUAGAAGAAAGGGAUGGGGGGCAAAUAGCCGUGCUUCAGUGUAUACUUACAGGACUGAUUGGCAAGAAAAUGGGUAUAGAGAAACUGGACGUCUUAACAGAAUUAAAAUAUAGAAAUUUAAAGCAUAUUCUUGCUAUGGUUUUAGAUUCCUUGACUGCAGAAAGCCUAUUCAGUGUUUGGAAAGUAAGCAGAAAUUGGCGUGAAAUUAUUGUUCAAGAUAAAAACGCAAAUCGGAGGAGGAAAUUUUACAUCUCACAACUGAAAACAGAUUCUGAGGGGGCUCUAUUAAAUGUUGAGGACGCUGCCACUAGGCUCCAUCUUUUAAAUCGAUCAGCUUUAAGAUCUGUACAAGCUCAGGCUAGGAUACCAGGUUUUCAGAGAGAACAAGUUUCAACACGUUCUCCUUGGGGAGAAGUUUUGACACCUAUAGCAAGCUCUUCUGUUACUCACUUAAGUAGUAAACAGGAAGAAUAUGUUAAGGUUGCCAAAACACUUUUUAUUGAUGAAGCAUUAAAACCUUGCCCGAGGUGCCAAUCCCCUGCUAAGUACCAGCCAUAUAAGAAAAGGGGACUCUGUAGCCGCACAGCCUGUGGUUUUGACUUUUGUGUGUUAUGUUUGUGUGCUUAUCAUGGGUCUGAAGAAUGUAGCAGAGGAGCAGCAAAGCCAAGAAAUAGAAAAGAUGCUCUUCCAGGAAGUGCCCAGAGUAAGCGGAAUUUAAAACGCCUUUAAAGAGACUUUAAAUAUAAAAGAAGCAUUCCCUCUAAACAACGUUUUGUCUGACUUAAAAUUAUGAAUAUUUUGAAAGUAUGCAAAUUUUCCCAUUAAUGACAGAUGAUGAUUUAUUUCCUAUUUUGUAUAUAUCAUAAUCCAUGUCUGUUUUCUUUAAAGUGUUUUACUGUGUCAUAUUUACCCAUUUUAAUAACAGUGUUUUUAAAUAAAGAAUUUUUAAUGUUAUC